AUGUACCACCUCCGACGUGCGACCGUUGCGGUCGCCAUCAUCGCCUCUCUCGUCUUUAUCACGUGGUUCGUUCCCAAGAUCCUAAUCCCAAACCCGCCCAGCCCGGAAGAUCAGAAGCGCGACAAGGCCUGGGUCAACUCCUCGCCGUACUGGCUCGACCGACAGGCCUGCAAGUGGUUCAGCGUGUGCGGAAUACAUCAUAUGCGGUGGGACGACCCUGUGAAGCCAAGGGGCCCAGCCAUACCGGUCUCCGAGCUCGGCGAACUAGAGCUCAAGAAGAGGAGGUCACUUCAGGGACGCAGAGAUGUGUCUUCGGCCUCCUGGGAAGACCUUGGGACGAGGGCAAGGCCGGUACAGGAGAGAGGCCAGACGCUGGACGACGUGCCCGAAUACGUACUCAGAAAUGCGCCUCUGGUGCAUCUGUACUCGGGGGAGAGCUUUUGGCCCUCGGAUAUUUCGGAACAUAUCCGGCAUAUGACCCCGUUUGUCAAUAAGGAGCCACUCAACACCACAGAGCCUCUGUCGCUGGCCAACCUGUACGACCUGAGCACCAUACCUGAUAUGGUCUACCUGACGAGCAGGGAAGACGUCGAGCAGCGACCAGAGUGGCUGUCCAGCCAUGUCGGCAGACCGGAGCCAUUUGACGAGGACGACGAUGAGACGAUCGACCCUGCGGGCGACCACAAUGCUGAGCAACCAAAUGCGCCGUAUACAGAGGGAACCACGUGGUUCGACGUGGACAAAGACCAUCCGCUGCGCCGCAUCUCCGACCCACGUGAGCAGCGCUCCUUUGAGCCCAGCGAGAUGCUGUCCAAGCAUAUGCGCCGGGCCGUCCUCUCUGGUGACCAUUCUCAAAAGCCAUUCCCGCCGCCCCCAACCACGCCAGGUCACAAACCAGACGCCAGUGGUUACUCAGCAGCCCCGGCUGUUCUGGUCUUGGUCGACAAGGGCUCAGGCAUACUGGAUGCCUUCUGGUUCUUCUUUUACAGCUAUAACCUCGGCCAGACUGUACUCGACAUGCGGUUCGGCAAUCACGUCGGCGACUGGGAACACUGUAUGGUGCGCUUCGAGAACAGUGAGCCGCGCGCCAUGUUCCUGAGCGAGCACGAGGGCGGACAGGCCUACGCGUGGGGUGCACUGGAGAAGAAGCGCAUGAACAUCACCACUACAACCAACAGUGCGACUGGUGAAGGCACCACUGAGAUCGUCGAGCGACCAGUAAUCUAUUCCGCCGUUGGCAGCCACGCCAUGUAUGCCUUCCCUGGUCCUCACGCCUAUGUCCUGCCAUUCCAAAUGCUCAAGGAUGUUACCGACCGUGGGCCACUCUGGGACCCCUCACUGAACAAGCGCGGUGAGGUCGUGCAGCCCACAUCUCUCGUACCGGCCUCGUCAAACCCCGACGCACCGACGUCGUGGUUCCACUUCGAUGGGCCUUGGGGCGACGAGCUGUACGGUCUGGGCGACGAGAGGCAGUGGCGGUUGUUUGGACAGUAUCACUACGUCACGGGGCCGAUGGGGCCCAAGUUCAAGCGACUAGGCAGGGAGAAGGUGUGUCAAAAGGACAAGUGCAGGUUACUGUACAGCAUCGAGGAAGGGAAGAAGAGUUCCUGGCAUGAUUAGAGGGCGGUUGACGGUUUGAUGAUUACUACAGCAUGCUAGCCCUUUUUUUUUUCUUUUUUUUUCUUUUUUUUAUUAUGAUGAUGUUCACGACUAGCAUCGGGUUCGGGCGGUGAGCAUGCCGAGGAGCAUCUAUUUACCUGGCGAGCCUGGUUUACUGUGCCUUUACCUCGGGAGGGCAAAGACAUAUGCGGAUGGACGAACCUAGAUAUUCGGAGAGAAGAGGCGUCGGUGCUGACCCGCGAUACCCCUUUAAGUUUUUCUCCUCUUUCGAAGAGCCCCAUGAAAUAGACUUUAUGAUGUUUGAAGAACUAAAGCUGGACCUACAGGAUGCUGGACUAUUGUGAUUGUUUGACGGAAGGAACCUCAAUCGUCAAAAGACGGCCGUCACCAACAGCGUCACAGCGCCAGCCAUCAUAAUCAGCACGACUGAUGAGCUUCCCAGACCAUCCCAUCGGGACAUGCCACCGCCAGUAGCCUGAGCAAGCAAGCUGGCCACAGUGCCAAUGUUCGCCGGUGCAUCUCCACUAUCAGAGGCAUCCCAACCAUAGUCAACGACAUUCACACUCCCUAUGCCAGCCGCGACCAUCCCCUCCAGCCAUGUCCUCAGCUCUGCCUUUGCGUUUCCUCCAGAGUCAGAUGCAGACCGAUUCUUAAAGUCAUACACCAGAAUAGACGCCUUGGAAGCAUACUGCGAAGGCACACUGUCCGUAGGCACAGCGGUGGUAUAGUCACCGGCCGCGAGCUCAGAGACGACGACAUGGUCGGCUAGGGUGAAGUAGGUAUCGUCCAGCACCGUCCUGCCCGGGUUGAAGAUGAUCUCGGAGCCUGCGUCGAGAGCAGCGCGCGCAAAGGAAGUCAGGUUGCGCAUGUAAGCAGUGCGGUUGUCAGGCGUCUCGUCGAAGAAGAUGCCGUGCAUGGAGAUGUUCGCAGCAUCGCCGUCGCCGUCGCCGUCGCCAUACGAGGCCCAGGACGCCCAGGCUGUGAUGUUGGCCUCGACCGAGGCGGCUGGCUCGGCCCCGCCCAGGAGGUGUACAUAGCCAAACGUGCGGGCGUUGUGGAAGGAGUUGAUUUUGGCGGUGGCUUUGACCCAGCGGCUGUCGGCUCCCGGAGGCGAGGACGGGCCUGGGCCGGAGCUGGGGUUGAUGACCACCUGGAACUGGAGGUGUGGGUGGUUCUUGAUGGCGGUGUAGAUGGGGCUCCAUGCGCCUAGGCCUGGGUAGACGUAGAGGGGGAGCAGGAUGGCAGUUGUGGGGGGUGAGGAAGUGUUUGUGGGUGCGGCAGGUUGGGGGAAGUAGAGGAAGGAGAAGAAG